CCGACGGCGCCAAAGCAAUCCAGCGCAGGUCUAUGGUCUUUGCGCGCACCUGCCCGAAGCUAUAGUAAGUAUCCCUGUGCAUGCCCGAAACUGCCAAAGCAAUCCUGUCACCGCGCAACGUCAUCAGGCAGCUUGCUCUCUUUGGAGGCAUCGAGCUGAGCGGUGCUUUGUUGCCCCACAGUGACGCCAGCACAUACGCACUGAACGACAUCGACGGCCUUGCCAGACCGAUCCACGCGUAUCGGUGAUGCCCGUGGCGACAC